CCAUAUGAUAUUGCUGCUGGUGAAGAGUACUCAAAACUGAUGGCUCCAAAGUCAACUUUAAAACUUCAAAAGCCAAGUGUUCUCACGUGCCAGUCUGCUUGCUUCUCCAAGGAAAUUUGCAGGGAGCGGCACCAUACAUCAAAGAGCAGACAGACAUAAGAAAAGACCAUUCCCACAAAGAGUGAUAUACAGAAAGAAGGUAUAAGAUUUCAAGCAUCUAAAUAGUGAGGAACUGAGUACUCAAAUAAAGCUGGAGGAAGGGAAGUCUGUAUACAAAUAAGGAGAUAAAAAAUGAAACGACAUGAAGAAAACCUCCUAAUAAUUUUGAGGUAAGAACCACCUGCCCUUAUGAGCAUUAUUUAUCACUAGAUGCAGGAAUGUGCAAUAGUCCUGUAAGCUUGGAUAAUGCGUAAACAUGCUGUUGUGCUACAGCUUAGUAACAUUUCUAGUGUGUGAUAAACUAUAGGUCAACAAGAUGCUUCACGUGAUACUGUUUGUUGUUCUGAGCUAGUGAGAACUGGGAGUAGGGAAAUUGCUAAGAACUCUAUCUACUACAUGCUUCCACUUCUGCAGGAAAGAAACCUUCAAGAAUUUCAACAGGGAAAAAUAAACCAGAUGUUUUAACAGGUUACAAGGUGACAACGUGAAUCUUGGAUGUCACGUGUUGACAGCAAAUGGAUACCACAUUCAGGUUCCUAGCCACAAUAGCAAAGCUCCUGAACAGAAAAGACAGUGAUGCAGCCUGGCAGGCUACAACAUCUGUAUCUGACUCGAUCUCAUCGGAGAAUAUCAGCCCCAGAAAUAGGACCUUAGGAACAAGAUCACUCCCACCACUGCUACAGAUUUGUCCUCAAGAUAAAAUCCAUCAGGUGUCUUUUCCAAUUCUUCUCUACUACGUUCUGUCACGCUGCCUGUCAGGAAAGCCAACAGAGUGAUAGGUAAAGGUGCUGAGCUUUGGCCAUACCAAUGACUCUCCUUCAGCCAUUCAGUGCCCUGGUACUUUGGAUUUCACUGAUGUUGGUAAUGAGUUCAGUUAACACAGAUAAACCUGAAGAGAAUAGGUAUUCCUGCCCGGUAAUUCAGUGCAGUGCUCCUGCGGUCAAUGGCUUACCAGGCAGAGAUGGAAGAGAUGGUCCCAAAGGUGAAAAGGGAGACCCAGGAGAAGGAUUGAGAGGUCUGCAGGGUUUUCCUGGGAAAGCAGGACCUCCUGGAAUGAAAGGAGUUGUAGGACCACGAGGAGAGAAAGGACAAAAAGGAGAACAAGGAAUUGUAGCAAGUGAUGGCCUGCAGAGACAAGUGACUGCUUUGGAAACAAAACUCAAGGUUCUGGAAGAUGAAUUAAAUAGAUACAAAAAUGCUUUAAUUUUAAAGAACAUCAGAAGCAUUGGUAAAAAAAUGUUUGUCUCAACCGGCAAUCAAGACACUUUUGAAAAUGGAAAAUCCCUUUGUGCGAGAGCUGGAAGUACACUUGCUUCUCCUCGGAAUGAUGCUGAGAAUACAGCUUUAAAAGACUUAGUGAGACCUGCAAGGCAAGCUCAUAUAGGGAUAUCUGAUGCACAGACUGAGGGCAGGUUUGUGUACCUGAGUGGAGGGGCUGUAACUUACUCAAAUUGGAAUACUGGAGAACCAAAUAAUCAAAAAAAUGAAGACUGUGUGGUAAUAUACGAAUCUGGAAAAUGGAAUGAUGUGGACUGUUCAAAGACACAGGCUUUAAUUAUCUGUGAAUUCUCGAGCUGACAGAUCUGAGAAAAUCAACGUUUUUGUUCUCAGUUGACAUAGAAGUUUGUUGAUACAGAAGUUUGUUACCAUUUAUGGCCUGGAAAAAUCAGAACCAGCAUGUAUGUAUAAUUGUUUUACUUUUGACAUUCAGUUUUGCAUCUCCUAAUGAAGUAGACCUGUUUGUUCAAUCACUAUGAAUUAAUUUGUGCUUACCACAUGGGCUGCUGGGGAUCUAACGUUCGUAUAGGCUUCUGGAGGGCUGAACUCCACGUCAGCUCUGAUAUGGUCCCCUGGACAGGGUGCCUACCAACAUUUGAAAUGUGUUUUGCAGUUUGUGGCCUACCACAGUCUGACCUGGUAGCUUAAUCUGUACCUCAUGAGUUGUUGAACCUAAAAUGUGAGCCAAAAUAAAUUUUACACAUGAAAACCAUGGAACUCUUUUUUAUAAGCAUGGAAAUUUAGGUAAGGUAGAGCAUUUAAAACUAGUUUAAGGAAUAUAAUGGGCAAUUUGUAAAGCAGUGAUUAUUAUUAAGUAAAUGAUUAAGCUCAAAAAGAGUAUUUCUGCUCCAUUGCAAACAUAUAUUCCAAGCAAACUGCAUCAAUCAAGCAGGCAUUUGUACAUGUAUGUGGACUUGUGGUUCAAAGACCAUGUCAUGAUCUGGGCCAUAUUAUCAUCACACAUGGGAAUGUGAUUUCCUCAGAGUCUGAGAAGAAAAGUGCACGUCUAUGUUUUUCUCAGUGUUUCUGUUUGGAGUCUACGCAGCUGACAGCAGCCCAGUGUUGGAAACAAUAAUUGGUGAGUUCUCAUGUUGAUAAAAUAAAAAUGUCUGUGUACAGCUAAUGAGGCAGAUGAUUUGGAACUCUGCCUUCACGGAAGACCCAUCUUAUUCCUCUCUGUCUUGGUUCCACAAGUCUGUUUAAAAUUCCUAUCUUUAUAACUUUUCCACCUUUUCCACCUUGUGCUUCUAUGAGAAGUACUGUGACCUACUAGGUGACCAACAACCUUCACCUGAAGUGUGUCUAGAAGGCCCCUGGCUGUGCUCCCUGCACACAGGAGACAAGUCCUCCUUACAUGUGUGUGUGUUUUUUUGCAGUUGCGUUGAGGUAAAUUGAAAUGCUGCCAUAGACAGCACCUAGAUUACUCGGUCAGCCUUCACAACUGAAAUGGAAAGGUUUACUGUAGAGACUGUCGUUAUGGUAAUAUAUUUAACUGUUAUUGUGUUUGCCAGCAAUAAGGGGUAGAGCUUUUUUAUUUAGUCAGAGACUAAGCUCUCACCUUGCUCUACACAGAGGCUCUGUAUGGAGCAUGAAGAACCUGAGGCUCUAAUAUAGUCUCCAGGAGUUGUCAAGAGUAAAAUAUGGUCCUAACUGAGCUUAGUUUAAGACAGCGCCAAAGUUAAAACAGUCCAACACUAUGUCCCAAGAGAGACCUUUCAGGCAGUAUCCAUCUACUUCAUCCGCUCAGCUCACGUGUUUUACAUCUCUUGUUUUCAUUGCCUAAUACAGUGUCAACCUUUGUAAGUAAUGACAGUUCUUAUAUCUGUACCAGGAUAUGUAAGUGCAAAAGAAAAACAAUUACUGCACUUGUUGAAGGUUAUGUAUUUUCUAUAGUGUGAUAUAUCUGCUGAUCUGUAUAUUUUCCGUGUCAUUACUGGCAAUGUAUCCCUAGAGUUUCUCAAGUGAACUGCAUUCCUUUCCGUCAUUAAUUGGCAUCCUGCAGCUAUGAAAACAGGAACUUUUAAAAAUGUGCCUGGAGAUUUUAAUCAAUAUUUAUUACAUGAAAAUGCAGGAUAAGGUGCAGUAUUUCAAAGACAGAUGUGGGUUAAUUUAGGACAGAAAAGAGACAUUCUAGAGAGGUAAAUAUAGUCCUGUUGCGCUGCUAGGUGUAAGGAUCAGUGGUAAUUCAGUGUCAGGUGCAUGUACUUGUAAAGAAUAAGGAAGUGUGCUUUAAGAUUAUCUGCACAAGCACUGUGCUAUGUUUGGUGACCAUUUCAUUCAUAGCUGAACUAAGAGCAAUGCCUCCAGUAGGCCAGCCAAUGAAUUACAAUGUUUUAUCUGUUAAUUUUAAAAGGUUUUAAUGUAGUAUUUUGCAGAUGUGAAUGGCUCUGUUCUCCCACCUUCAGACACCUAAACCAUCAAGUUGUCCUCCAUGAAGAUCAGCUAUGCAGCACCUAAUAACAGAUGCCCAAAGACAGCACUACAUGUUAUUCAGAUGGGAUCUCUACAGACUGAAAAAACUGGUUUCAGGUAAGUGCAAAAAUAGUUGUAUGCUAAAAAUACAGAAGAAGUUCAUGGAAGUGGAGAGGAUGAAUAUUCGUGUUGUAGGUAAGCUCAGUUUCAUACGGUCCAAAGUUAUUAGAUAACUAUCCUUAUUACCAGGUUUUGCAUGCGAGAGGUGUAUGUAGCCUUCAGAAAGGAGAAUGUGUAUAAAGCCUGAGCUGAGGUUUUUGAAUUGGUUGCUUCAGGUAAAUAUCUAGUCAGACCAAUUUUGAGUUAUUGAGUUCUUUGGCCUAAGUUAUACUAUUUGAAGCUGUUAAACUCAGUGAGGUACUCUCAGAGGUUCCCUCAGUUCCAACCUUUGUCACCAGGCAUGUCAGGAACACUAUUCUUUCUGUAGGAACACUGUUCUUUAGUAGAUGCUGAACAGCAAAAAGUGAGUUUGAAAUUGUUUUUCUAGAGGCCUAAAUCAGCAUCCCUGAUGACCACUUAAUUUUGCAUUAAUUAGAAACCAAUCUGUAUUUGCUGUUAUGCCCCUGAUUAGAACCAUCUCAUUUGGUGCUAAUAUGACCUAUUUGGUGCUAAUAUGACCUAUUUGGUGCUAAUAUGACUCUAAUAUGCAGAGCUUCUAAGUAAUUCAAGAUGAGAGCAGCAUUUGUUAAUCAGCUGCAGGGCUUAUUUUUUUGAAACAUAGCACAAUUUUAGGCUAAGUUUAGGCUUAGGAAAAGCUAUCCUGUCACCUGUGAAAAAACAUGAUUUCUGAAAAGCUCUUUUCCUUCUUUUCAGUUUUCAAGUGGCAAUUUUCAAUGGGAACUACAAGACGGAAACAGGAAACAAGUUCAAUCAGUAGCAACUUGUACUUACUGCUGUCCUUUUUAAUCAAAAACUAUAAAUGUGGGGGAGGAGUGGAUAAUUUAUGCUCAGAGCAGAGGAGAAACAUGUCUUUUUAUCUGGCUUGUUUCCUGCUAUGGAAGAAGGCAUCGCCUUCUUGUGUGAAAUGUGCAGAGAAGAGUUACAUAGGGAAGCCUGUGUCUUUAGGACUAUCAGUAUGGCUCUUUAGCCCAGGGCCUGCCAAGGAAAGAAAAAUAAAUCUUGGAUUGUAGUUUGGCCAAUAAUAUCCAGGAAAAGAAGUAAUGUAGGAGAGUCUGGAAACCUAAAUGCAGUUUCAAAUCUCUUUUAAACUCUCUGCCAAACCUCUCAGCAGUUGCAGCAGCACCAGAUCUUUUGUAUUCACUCUAGGGAAUGAUCUUAUCCUCAGGCACCUGCAGUUAACAUCUCUUUUUUAUGGUCUGUGACCAUAGUGAUGUUUCAGGCAUUGGUAGCCUGAGCUGUUUAGAUCAGUGCUGCAGGGCAGACCAGUGUGAAACCUGUUUCCUGGCCCUCUGUUUUGUUUUGUUUUGUUUCUGGUUUGUUUAUGUCUAAAGGUAGCAGCACAGUCUGUUCCUCAAAGCUGAGUUUGUGCGUUCAUCCUGCACAAGGCAGCUUUGCAGCGGGAGGAAAACUCCACAGUGUGUGACAGGCUGGCAUCCUCCUCCAGCCCUGGAGAGUGUGAGUACAGACACUUCAGGCAGCUGGAAUUUACCCUGGACUGUUUACGAAACGUGACUGUAGUCAACCCACAUUUAGGUGUCCAAUUUCUGAGAGCUAGUACUUGAAAAACCUUCAGAGAUGUUGCCAUCAAGGAAAUGUGAAGGGUAAAGAGGGAGUAAACCAGGGGCCUGGUGUUGCCUUGCAGCUUUACCCAGCAGGCUUUUGGUGCUUUCUUGGGGUCAGAGCUCUGCACCUUUCCCCCCCACCUCCCAUAUGCACUGGUUGGACUACUGCUCUUGGCCACCCCAACCUGGUGCUUGAGACAAACACCAGAAAAGUCUCUGCGUGCUUCCACCCACCCCAUAAAUUAUUCCCAGCCAUGCUUUUGAUGUAAACAAGGGAGGUGCAACCACUACAAACAAACAGAGGUGGCCACAGCACUUUAAAUUUACUUGGAAAUUUUGAAACCUCUGGAGCAUAAUACUAAUGAGUACUUCCUGAUCUCGUACCUUGCACUUUAUGGAUCCGAUGGCACCUGUGCAAGGGUAUCCCACUCAGAAGCAGUUUGCGCAAUGCUGCCUUGCUUACAGAGCAAAACGUUUUAACACCUCUAUGACCCUCAUGCAGUCUCUACCCUUGAUAAACUGCUGUAAGUAUCAACAAAAGCAAGGAAAAGAUAGGAAAAGAGAAAUGGAGGAGGAAAAAGGGAUGUUUUUUUAAACCUCUUUACCAUCUUACCUAUUGUUACCAGCUACGAUGAAAACAAGGGGUAUUGAUACUACUUUCUAAUCCUGCUAACCAAAUCAUGGAUUUGUGCAUCAAAAAGUAGUAAAGCAAGUAUUAUCCUGAAGGCCCAGAUGGCCCUCUGUGCUGCUAUUCUAGUACUGCCUCUAGUACCAGUUAUGUAGUGUAGAGUUGCAAUUGGCAGCAUCUGGAGAAUCGUACCUUUCCCUUUCAACAGUAAAGACCAUUAGUAGCUUGCAUACCUAACAGUGAGGAGGGGAAGCUAACAAAGCCCAAAAGCCUUUCAAUUGAAAAGUUCUGCUAAUGAGGUGAAAAUGUUUAUUGCCUUUUAAUCUCAUGUUUUAAAGUCUGUUAAUAAGGUGGAAUCUGUAUUCCUAGCAAGUAAGGUUUAAGUGUCAGGAAUAGUGUGGCAAGGAAAGCUGCCAGCUCUUUGCACAGCAGUAGUUGUAAAAGCUAUUUAAGAAAUGUUUCUGAUGUGUCUGUAGUGCUUUAUAGUGUAUCACGUGUUAGUUCACUGAAUGCUGUAAACUACCCACUGUCUCAAGUUACUAGGAGCUCUCCGCUGGUUUUGUAUGCUGCAGCCCUGAAGUUAAUCUUUGUCUAAUGCUCUCAGAAUAAAUCUGAUUUUAGCAUUUAUUCUAGCAAAUUGUGUGAGUUGUUGGAAAGUGCAAUAGUGUGAAUGAUUUAUCUCUGUUACAGUGGCACAGUAUGUUAUUUUGGAAAGGUGAAAAAACAUAAAAAGUUAGAAAGAAAUGGAGUGUACCGCUUGCAUGCUAACACUGGUACUGCAAGCCAGGAGUACGAUUGUUCUCUGCAGGUUUCAAAUACUAAUUUUUAGAAGUUAGUACCUGAAAACCCACUUCAGCUUGAGAUGAUUGCCCAAGGUAGCAGUGGAAAUGGACUGGCCUUUUCAAAGGGGCACUUGGUAGGCCGGGCUCUGUAUAGGACUGAGUCACAGGAGGCUAAGCCCAUGUGGAGUGCCAGGAAGCCCUCAUGCUCGGGGGCUGCACCCUCUCUUCAGUCCCAAGGUAUUUCUUCCUUUGUGCUAAGUGGACACAGCUGCAAUUGCACAGUCUAGCCCAGAGGACAUGUGAACACACUCUGAAAAGGCAGUUACAGAAACCCUAUGCUAGGCCUAUUUUUCUAGCUUGAUCCCCUGAGACAGUCUGGUAAGACAGACAAGCAACGUGUCAUUACUAACAAGUAAGCAUAUUUGAAGCACUCUUUUGUAGGUACCCACUCAUGACUCAUGACAAACAACUAUUUUCCUGUCUGUCAGCUGCUGAUGUACCAGAUGUCUCUGUUGGAGCGCAUUCCCUCACAAACCAGAGGUUACAAGAUAUAGCUUGCUUUUAGAGAGGCAAUACUGCAACCUGCCCUCCUCUCAUGAGCAAACGGAAAAACAUUCAGAAAACAAGCAAGUUUUUGGUUCCUGAUAGAUGUGAGAAACCACUGAGGGCCGCAGGAGAUGGGAGAGAUACAGGAAAAGGCAAAAGAAUUGAAAAAAUUAUUAACAGGACAACAGCUGCUUCCGUGAUUUUGCAUAUGUAUCUGACAAUAUUGGUCUAGACUAAAGGUAAACCUCACUGUAAUUGUAGCAUGUGUGAGAAGGCUCGACUGAAUUCAGCAUGUGUUAGAAAGCUCACAUCUCUGCUGAAGUGAACAGGAAUAAAUCAGCCAAUGAACAAAGGUACCCAUAGCUGUACUGCUGUUUAUAUUUCCUGAAUAGCAUGGAUAGGCCAGCAAUCGGUAACAUCCUUUAUAGUCACUGCUGCAGAGAUAAUAUUUGAGCAACAUAAUGGUUAUGUGGCUGCAUGGUGUGGCACAUAGGGAGCUGAGAGAAAAUGAGUAGAACGUGCUCAUUGUGUUUUGCCUUUCAGAUGGAAAAGGUAUGGAGAUAUAUGCAGUCUAUUGUACAGGUAUGCAUAUAUUUGUCAUGCUUAGCAGAAUGGAUCUGAAAUCUCUAGGCCGGGCUGUAGGUCAGGUUGGCCAGUAAGAAUAGGACAACUGCUCCUUAGCCAGGUGGUGAGCUGCCUAAACACAUGGGGGCUGGACUUCUCCAUGCCAAACUCAUGGAAUGAUUCCUCAAAGCAGUGAAUGCCAAAACAAAUGUAAGAAAAUCAACAGGUAGCUCAGGUGGUUAGUAAUAAUUUCAUUAAGGUUUCUCUUGUUUGACUAAGAAAAACAGUAAUUAAUCUUCAAAAUCUCAUGUAAAGCUGCUAUAAAGACUGUAAGAAGUGACCCUCAUGGAAUAACAAAAUUAUAUUUUAUUAGUUAAUUAGUUGGCACUCAUGGUUAUUACGGUUCUCAGGGUUAUUAAACAUUCUCUCUGAUUUGUCCUGCAAGCUAAGUCUGCUGUAUUUUAAGACCCUGCUGAACAGUUUCAGUUUAAAUUGUACUGGCCAAUCUCCCUGUACUGAUCAGAUCUCCCAUUUUUCUCCAGAGAGAAUCUGAGGUUUUAGGACUCUGUUCAUUCCCUUUUGUUUUCUUUCUAUGUACACUGGUUCCUUGGUUUUUGUCUACCUAGAUGAACUCCAGGGGGUUUUAACUAGCUAGCUGAAAAAGAAAAUAUACGGCAGAGCCGAAAGAAAACAGAUGGGUAUGUAUUUCUUAAUGCAGUUUGUGCUAAAGGUUGCAAUGGCUUGUGCCUCAGCAUAAGGAGAACGCUAACGGUAGUGUCUGUUAUCCUGACCAGCGACUGAGUAGCCCACCUUGUUUCCCUCUCAAUAUCUGAGUAGAGGAAAGAAUUUCCUCGUACUGGUUUUGCAAAGCGUCAUCCUCUGAGUUUUGCCUUUCAUCUCAACCUAUAUGCCUAAGGAAGUUUCUAAAGGGCAGUUAAGUACCCAAUUGCCUUUGAAGGUCACUUAAAAUUACAUUUUUAGAAGUGCGGGUGUUACAUUUUAGACUCAGUAAUUUGCAUAUUCCUACCUAAUAUAAUAUGACCUGAAUCAUUCUGUUAAGUAUAAAAAAUACAUUUUUUGUGGUCGAAAUCUAAAAAUUCAAGAACUUGCCAUUGAUUUGCUCUGUGUCUUGUAGAUAAUUUACUGAAAUAUUAACAGAAGCAAACAGAGAAGAAAUACUACUGGACAAUGCAAUGCUGGUUAAAACACUGUAGUUUCAUCUGCUUCAGUUUCAGUUACAUUGCAGCAGUCUUCUAAUCCCCAUGAGUGAUUGAAUAUAAAUGGUUCAUUGUGUUAAUCUUUCUGAUUUUGGGGAUCGGUGUUAACAAUUUGCAGUCAGAACAAAAGACCUCAGUAAAGACCAGAUUAUAAUAACAGAAUAAUAAUCAGAAUGGUAUAGCAAGAGUAUAGUUUUAGCAAUGCUCUAAGGAUGUAAGCAUGGUAAAUGUUUGCUUGGAGUGGUCACAUGUCUUAGUAGGGCAUCAGGCGUAGGUGUUAAGCCUCUAUUUUGGAUGUGAAGAGGUCUGUGCUCAAUUUUUGCUGUUUUUAUGUCUAGGUGGUGAAAAUGUGAUUUGUCACUCUUCAGGGAGCAUCUCAAAACACAUGCUGAAGUUAUGUAACAGGUAUUGUAAACAAAGGUACUUUGGUCCUAAGUAGCUAUACUUUUCUUGAGAGAAUCUGCUCACUUUUAAUGUAUUUACUUUUCCAAUUGCAUCCUCAUUAUUAUCUCUGUAUAUGAAUAGUUUUGGUCAAAUCUCACUAUAGAGGAAAAUUGGAUUUCAGCAAACUAUGUUUAUUUUCAUUAAGAGUUUGGCUUGCAAAAGCUUGCAGAGAACUCAGAAAAGAAAUAGGCUUGUAAUUAAAGAAUAAAACUAUCAGCACCUUUCUAUCAACCUUUUUAGUCUAUCUAACCUUAGUAGUCUAAGAGUGAUCGAAACCUAGUGAUAAACUAAAGUACUGCAAAAACUACAAAAUAAAUUUCUAUAGUACUUGGGCUCCAGAUUAGUGUGUCCUGGAUUAGAAGAUAUAGUCAGGGAAUGCUCAGGGUGAAAGAAAAAUUGUUUUAAUAAAUAUAUGUCUGUAACUAAGCCUUUAUUUCCUCCUCAUCCUUUAGAGGAAUCUUCCAAGAAUAUGUCUACACUGAAGGCUCUCUAUUAACUGUUUCUUACAUAGUUGCAGGCCAGCUCAAGUAACAGUAAAAGAGGAAGAAAUUAACGAGCUUCCUUGGGCAUUUAAUUGCAUGGCCUUUCCUUGGCAUCACACAGCUCUGGCUGUGCUGCCAGCAGUGCUCAGCAUGGCUGGUUUGGAGCUGCUGGGGAUUUAUUAGCACAAGAUACAGUCACUGUAAGUAGGGCCAUGUGCCUGCACUGUUACAGUACUGCUCCAAGGCAAGAAGUGAUGGGGCCCCAAAGCAUCACUUGCUGCCACUGUCACAUCCCUCUUGUCUCAGGGGAGUGAAAUCCAGUCCUCCAGACAUGAAGCACAAAGCCACCAUGCUGACUUGCAGGCACUGGAUGGACUCAAAGCUGCACGUCACCAGCCUGCUAAUGGCAAGAUAACAACCAUGAAACGUGGCAUUUCAUGGGAAUUCAUUAUUGGUUGGGAGCCCCUCAGUAAGGUGCGAAGCAGCUUCAUUGUACUGUGACCGUCAGACCUGAACAGCAGCCUGGAUGCCUAUCUUCCAAUUAAAGUGGCACGAGGCUAGAGUACACAGCAAUGAAAUGUUCUAAGCCCUAACAGCAGCAGAAUUUGGAUUCUGUCCGUAUUGGAGGUAUAGUAAGG